AUGGCUUCAAUAGGACAAAUAAUCUUUGGAAGUAUGAUUUUUCUCAUAGUAUUAAUUUCAGGGCUCAUCAUUAUCAUUCUGGCCAUUGCAUUUUCAGUGUCCCAAGGUACCGUUGAAAGCAGAAGUCCCUCUACUGUGGGGAACCUUGCUGAAGAUGUGGUCCUGGAUUGCAGGUUCCUUAGCAACAGUGGCAAAGAGCAAUUCAGUGAUGUGUCAAUUACUUGGCUGAAAGACUCUGUCAGUGGGGUGGUCUAUGAAUACAAAAACAAAGCAGCCCAGCUUCAGGGGCAGAACACAGAGUUCAAAAACAGGGCUCAACUGUUCUCACAUGUGAUAUCAGUGGGCAAUGCUUCCCUACUGCUGAGAAAUGUGAAGCUGGAGGAUGAGCGUGUGUAUCGCUGCUCUGUCAAUGCACCAAAAGUCUCAGGAACUACCAGCGUUAAUCUUAGAGUGGCUGUCUUCUCAGUUCCCACAUUUACUCAACGGAAAGAUGGGUCUCUGUUUGCUCAGGCUCAUAAAUGGUUUCCCCAACCAGAGGUUAGCUGGUUGAGUCAGAGUGGGCAGCUUCUAAACAGCAGCACCCAGUUCCUCAACAACACUGCAGGAAUCGUGCGAGUUGCUAGUGUCCUCAAAGACCCAGUAAAGGAAGAUGACACCUACACCUGUCUUAUCCAGAACAGUCUUGUGAAAGCUAUCUCAGAGGCAACUAUAACAGCAAACAGCGUGACAGAAAGGACAUACUUCAUAUUCAGUGCUGCAUCUACAAAAGUGCCAUCCUUACAAAUUCUGCUCACAGUCAUCAUUAUGCUUUCUGCAAUCCAGUAG